AUGGGGGAAAGAUUGGGUGCUGAAAAUUAUCAUUUUUAUGGUGUUGGUGGUUCAUCUGAUUUGAGUGGGAUGGGGAAGAGGUCAAGAGAGUGGAAUUUGAAUGAUUGGAGAUGGGAUGGUGAUUUGUUUAUAGCUAGCCGUGUGAAUCAGGUGCAGGCCGAGAGUUUGCGAGUGGGACAACAAUUUUUCCCACUCGGGUCUGGGAUCCCGGUGGUUGGAGGUUCGUCCAAUACGUCUUCUUCAUGCUCUGAGGAAGGAGAUCUUGAGAAAGGGAAUAAGGAAGGCGAGAAGAAAAGGAGAGUUAUUGUGCUGGAAGAUGAUGGUUUGAAUGAUAAAGCUGGUGCACUCAGCUUAAAUCUUGCAGGACAUGUUUCACCGGUGGUGGAAAGGGACGGAAAAAAGAGUAGAGGAGCUGGAGGAACUUCGAAUCGAGCUGUUUGUCAGGUUGAAGACUGUGGUGCAGAUCUGAGUAGAGGCAAGGAUUAUCACAGACGUCAUAAAGUUUGUGAGAUGCAUUCUAAGGCUAGUAGGGCUCUUGUGGGAAAUGCAAUGCAGAGGUUUUGUCAACAGUGUAGUAGGUUUCACAUACUUGAAGAGUUCGAUGAAGGAAAGAGAAGCUGUCGAAGACGCUUGGCUGGCCAUAACAAACGUAGAAGGAAAACAAAUCAAGAAGCUGUUCCUAAUGGAAGUCCAACAAAUGAUGAUCAGACUAGUAGUUAUCUGUUGAUUAGUUUAUUGAAGAUACUUUCAAAUAUGCAUUCUGACAGGUCAGAUCAGCCUACAGAUCAGGAUCUAUUAACUCAUCUUCUAAGGAGUCUUGCAAGUCAGAAUGAUGAACAAGGGAGCAAGAACUUGUCAAACCUUUUACGAGAACAAGAGAAUUUGUUGAGAGAAGGGGGUUCUUCAAGAAAUUCAGGGAUGGUAUCAGCUUUAUUCUCCAAUGGUUCUCAGGGGUCUCCAACUGUUAUAACACAACAUCAACCUGUAUCUAUGAAUCAAAUGCAACAAGAAAUGGUGCAUACACAUGAUGUUAGGACCUCUGAUCAUCAACUCAUAUCUUCAAUAAAGCCCAGCAUUUCAAACAGUCCUCCGGCUUACUCGGAAACAAGAGAUAGUAGUGGACAAACAAAGAUGAAUAAUUUUGAUUUGAAUGACAUAUACGUUGACUCAGAUGAUGGCACAGAAGAUCUAGAAAGACUGCCCGUCUCUACAAAUCUUGCUACUAGCUCUGUUGACUACCCUUGGACACAACAAGAUUCUCAUCAGUCAAGUCCAGCUCAAACAAGUGGAAAUUCAGAUUCUGCAUCUGCCCAGUCCCCUUCUAGUUCUAGCGGAGAAGCCCAGAGUCGCACAGACCGAAUUGUUUUUAAACUCUUCGGGAAAGAGCCAAAUGAAUUUCCUCUUGUACUUAGAGCACAGAUUCUAGAUUGGUUAUCCCAGAGUCCUACUGAUAUUGAGAGCUACAUACGCCCUGGUUGUAUUGUUUUGACCAUAUAUCUGCGUCAGGCUGAGGCUGUGUGGGAGGAACUUUGCUGUGAUCUGACCUCCAGUUUGAUUAAGCUACUGGAUGUCUCAGAUGAUACGUUUUGGAAAACUGGAUGGGUUCAUAUCAGAGUGCAACAUCAAAUGGCAUUCAUUUUCAAUGGUCAAGUUGUCAUAGAUACAUCACUACCUUUCCGAAGCAACAAUUAUAGCAAAAUUUGGACUGUUAGUCCAAUUGCUGUACCGGCAUCAAAGAGAGCUCAAUUUUCUGUUAAAGGUGUCAACCUGAUGCGCCCUGCCACAAGGUUAAUGUGUGCUUUAGAAGGAAAAUAUCUGGUCUGUGAAGAUGCUCAUGAGUCAACGGAUCAAUACUCCGAGGAGCUUGAUGAACUUCAGUGCAUCCAAUUUUCAUGUUCUGUACCUGUGUCAAAUGGAAGAGGAUUUAUCGAGAUUGAGGACCAGGGUUUGAGUAGCAGCUUCUUUCCUUUCAUAGUGGCAGAAGAGGAUGUUUGCACAGAGAUCCGUGUGCUUGAACCUCUACUAGAAUCAAGUGAAACUGAUCCAGAUAUUGAAGGGACUGGAAAAAUUAAAGCCAAAAGUCAAGCUAUGGAUUUCAUUCAUGAAAUGGGCUGGCUUCUUCACAGAAGCCAAUUGAAAUAUAGGAUGGUUAACUUGAACUCUGGUGUAGAUCUCUUUCCAUUACAACGGUUCACGUGGCUUAUGGAGUUUUCAAUGGACCAUGAUUGGUGUGCAGUGGUGAAAAAACUGCUGAACCUACUCCUUGAUGAAACUGUGAAUAAAGGAGAUCACCCUACAUUGUAUCAAGCACUUUCAGAGAUGGGUCUUCUUCACAGAGCUGUAAGGAGAAAUAGCAAACAGUUAGUGGAGCUGCUUUUGCGAUAUGUUCCUGACAAUACAUCUGAUGAACUAGGACCCGAAGACAAGGCGCUUGUUGGUGGAAAGAAUCAUAGCUACUUGUUUAGACCUGAUGCUGUUGGUCCUGCCGGUUUGACACCACUUCAUAUAGCAGCGGGAAAAGAUGGUUCCGAGGAUGUACUGGAUGCUCUGACUAAUGAUCCUUGCAUGGUGGGAAUUGAGGCAUGGAAGAAUGCCCGUGACAGUACAGGCUCCACACCUGAGGAUUAUGCGCGAUUACGUGGCCAUUAUACUUACAUUCACUUAGUGCAGAAAAAAAUUAACAAAACACAAGGAGCAGCUCAUGUGGUGGUUGAGAUUCCCAGCAAUAUGACAGAGAGCAAUAAAAACCCGAAGCAAAAUGAGUCAUUCACUAGCUUAGAGAUCGGAAAAGCUGAAGUAAGACGUAGCCAAGGGAACUGUAAACUUUGUGAUACUAAAAUUUCUUGUAGAACUGCAGUAGGAAGGUCUAUGGUAUACAGACCUGCAAUGCUCUCUAUGGUGGCCAUAGCAGCAGUCUGUGUUUGUGUGGCUCUUCUGUUUAAGAGCUCACCCGAAGUUCUAUACAUGUUCCGACCUUUCAGAUGGGAAUCAUUGGAUUUCGGAACAAGCUAAGGUUCUUUGACUUGCAACUAAUAAAACUUGAUAGGUCAUGUAUGGAUGUGUUCAUAAACUAAAUGACCGAGAUUUAGGACUGGUUCUUUUCUUUGUAUUGGCUAAAUUGUGCAAAUGCUAUUUACAUAUUAUUAUUAUCCUUCUAUGGACAUACUUGUACAAUGGAUGUGAAGACCUCUUUUGUUAAAACUCAAUUUGUUAGGAUCCUUCGUACUGUAAUAUUUGGAUAUAAUAUUCAGUGGAAUACCUGCCUUUGAAUUA